UUGGCGGAAUUAGAUUUCCUGUAUGUAGUGAAUUGAGCCCUCCAUCCUUUAUCAGCGUCAUGCAGCCCUUUAUACCAUGUAGCGGAGCUGUAAUGGAGCUGAUCCCUAAGCAGGAAACAGUCGCCCCGUCUGCCCCGUCUUUCUCUAACUAGAAACCGUUCUUGUAACAGGGCCUGGAUAAAGCAGGUAUGUUUCAUCUAGUGCAACGGUGCUUCUUCCAGAUACCUUUCAAGCUCCAGAAGUUAACUGGUCCCAGACUGCUGCAGUAUGGAAAGAAUAAGACAACUUGCUCUUCUCCUCUCAUCCUCCAUCUGCACAGAGAUGUUUGUCUUCUUUCAAGAUCUCCAAGCCUCAACCAAGCAUUAAUACAUGCAACCAAGCUGCAGGCAUUUCACACCUCUAUCCCUAUCUUAAAGAAAAAAACCCCCAAAGAACCUGAGACCAAAGACUUGGACCCGAUGCAGUACCGUAUGAAGUCACUAAAGGAUUCUCCAAAGCCAGCCCUUUACUUAAGCCUUGUAGGGCUAAUUCCAUUUGUUUCUGUGCCACUGGUAAUGGCUGUCCAAGGGACCUACUACCCCGAGCUGGCAUUUGCUCAGAUGACAUAUGGUGCUGUAAUAGUCUCUUUCCUAGGAGGAAUCAGGUGGGGAUUUGCUGUCCCAGAAAACAGUCCAGCCAAACCCGACUGGCUGAACCUAGCUAACAGUACAGUUCCUCCUUUAUUUGCUUGGCAAGCCUUACUUUUUCAAAGCGUCACCCAUAGUGCAAUCCUGCUUAUAAUGGGUUUAGGGAUAGCACUACAUUAUGACCUUGCCCUUCUUCCUACUUAUCCUAGUUGGUUUAAAGCACUGAGAAUAGUGGUAACAGUGUUGGCGGUAUUAUCACUACUAGCCACUUUAACACUGAAGACAAUUGAUUCAGAGAAACAGCUAAGUGACAGCACAAAUAAAUGGAAGAACACAAAAUGAGAAAACCAGAGGAAAAAAGUAUUUAUUUGUUAAGCCCUUUGUAUUAGGUUACAGGGAAAAAUAAUUUUAAAAAGUGUUUGUGCUUAGAAGUCAGAAGAUAGCAAUGUUCAAGAUGUUUGUACCAGAAGCAAAGAGCUGCUUAGCAAGUUUAGCAGGAAAGGAUUGUAAAUACUGAUCACUUUCAAGGUAGCCAUGAAUCUGGCCUUACCUGUAGAAUAAAGUAUCACUCUUCAACAAGAUAAGAUGUCGCUGCCAUAUGAAUUUAAAAUGGAGAUUCAUCUGUCAAAAGUAUGAAUUGCUUUAUUGAAUUAUUGAAGUAUUUGGCUUAACUAUAGUAUGUGAUAAUGUUCUGUAUUGAGUAAAACAAUCAUGUAGCUAUCAGGUAGCCUUUAGAAAAAGUUCUUAAGGAAGCUGAAAGCAAGGUGAAGCAACUCUUGCUGCAGGAGAAGACGUGUGACUCCAGUGUAGUUUAUUAUUUAGGAAAAUGGAAGAGAAGUACAUACAGAUUCAGUUGCUAUUUUAUAAAUGCAAAAAAACAAAACGAAACCAACAAAAAACAACACACACACACAACCCACGCCCAAACUUAGCCUCACUUCAGCUGAGAAGAUGGUGAAAGUACUAUGCAAGGAAGCACUAGUGAGGUAACAAAGGACAGUCAAGGCUUGUUUCCAGCAGCAAGGCAAGGGUUGUUUGAAGUGACAAGCAAAGGUCAGCAUUUACCUUAGGUAGUUCCUCCAGUAAUUGUGAUGAAGUGUAGAAAGCUAGAAGAGAAAACUUACAAAUUUGCAUCUUCUGUAAGGUACCACCAAAGACAAAAAGAUUGCAUAGACUUGUUUAAAUAAAAACAACAACUGAUCCAGCUGUUUCCAGCUUUUGUUUAGACUUAGGGUUACCUAGCCAAGGAAGCUGCAAGCAGCAGAGCCCUAAAGAACCAUCACAUUCCUAAAUGAAAGUACUAUCAAAUGAUGCUUGGUAUGAUAUGACACAAGGAUUCAGUCUCUGGCACUAAAGGACCAGAUAAUGGGACCUGAAAGGAGUUUGUGCGUUCUCCCUCCUUAACACAGUAGUUGAAUUUGAGCACCUGGGACAGACAGAAACAGACUUUGUGUCCAGCAAAUCUGCCAUUAGGGGGCCAGCUGCACUGGAAGAAGCGUAAUGUCUUCACAUUUAUGUUGUGGCUUCUUCCCCUACAUACUGUGAAAGGAAGAGCAAGUCACGUGCUUUUUUCCUCAUCUGCCUUAAGAAACCUAAGUAGUUGCAUGUGUAGAUGUUCAGUGUAGGAUUUUCAUCUUUUGUUUAAGGACACUGUGAGAUGCAAGAAGAAAGCUAAAACAUUGCUACCAGACACACACUCAGCACCAAUUUAGGGAAUCCUCACAGUUCUUUCAAAGUACUAUUUUCUGUAUAUGUGUUCAUUAAAGAACAAAGUACCUACUGUAGCUUAAA